UUUUAGUCAUUCGCUCCAUAUUUAAAUUCAAUAAUGGUUUCAUUCACUAAAAGCACUGUGCUUGCUUCCUUAAUGGCUGCAGCUUCAGCUCAAUACUUUAACUCAUCAUCAAUCUUAUCAAACUCAUCAUCUAUCCCAACCUCAUCAACUGUUCCAACUUCUUCAGAAGCUUCAACUUACUCUUUGACUUCUGAAUCAUCUGCUGAAACUUCAGGUUCAUCUUCAGAAUCAUUCAUCUACUCACCAUCAUCAUCUGCUGCUUCAACCUCAGAAGCUUCAUCAGGUUCUUCAUCUGCUCCAGUUUCAUCAGGUUCCUCAUCUGCUGCUUCUUCUGAUGCUUCCUCAUCAUCUGCUCCAGUUUCAUCAGGUUCUUCAUCUGCUGCUUCUUCCUCAGAUGUUUCUUCAUCCGCUUCAUCUGCUGCUUCAUCAUCAUCCGCUUCAGCUUCUGCUGAACCAACUCUUGAAGGUUACUUACAAGAUGGUCAACCACACUGGAAAAUCACUGUCCCAGCCGCUUUAGGUCCAUGGACUGAAGUUGAAGUUACUUCAUCAACUGAUGGUUCCCACUACGUUUUCACCAAUGUUGACAUUACCAUUGAUGGUGAAUCAGUUUCAGGUACCACUAACGUUGAAGAUCUUUCAUAUGAUGCUUCAUACUCUGAAUCCAUCCAAGCUUCUCAAGAAUUGAUCUUCGAAAUCUUUGCUCAAGCUACUGCUGGUGCUCCAUACUCAUCUGAUGUUGAUUUAACCAUCACCACCCCAGAUGGUAGAAAAUUGAUCAAGAGAGCUACUAAAUCAUUCUCAUUAUCAAACACCAUUAACGAAGAUGCUUCAUCAAUCUCAUCCCGUGCUUCAUCAUCAGCUUCUUCAGCUGCUUCAAGUGCUUCAUCCGCUGCCUCAUCUGCUGCUUCAAGUGCUUCUUCAGCUGCCUCAUCUGCUGCUUCAUCUGGUGCUUCCUCUGCUGCUUCUUCAGCUGCUUCAAGUGCUUCAUCUGCCGCUUCUUCAGCUGCUUCAAGUGCCUCAUCUGCUGCUUCAUCAGCUGCCUCAGAAGCUUCAUCAGUUGCUUCCUCUGCUGCUUCAAGUGCUGCUACUUCAGGUGCUUCUUCAGGUGCUUCUUCAGGUGCUGUUACCUCUUCAGGUGCUGCUUCAACUUCAACUGCUAUCGAAUCAAACGCUUCAACCACCGUUGUUACCGUUACCUCAUGUUCUGAUAACGCUUGUUCAGAAGUCCCAGUUACCACUGGUGUCACUGUUGUCACUUCAACCAUUGAAGGUACUGAAACCAUCUACACCACUUACUGUCCAUUAACUUCAACUGCUGCUCCAUCAUCAACCGUUGUUACUGCUCCAACCACCACUGUUGUCACUGUUACUUCAUGCUCAAACAACGUUUGUACUGAAGUUCCAGCUACUACUGGUGUCACUGUUGUUACUGAAACCAAAGAAGGUACUGAAACUAUUUACACUACCUACUGUCCAUUAACUUCAACUGUUCCAGCUUCUCACGGUUCAACUGCUGCUCCAUCAACCACUGGUACUGCUGCUGCUGGUACCUCCACUAAAGUUGUCGAAGCUUCUUCAACUACCGUUGUCACUGUUACCUCAUGUUCAAACAACGUUUGUACUGAAGUUCCAGCUACUACUGGUGUCACUGUUGUCACUGAAACCAAAGAAGGUACUCAAACUGUUUACACCACCUACUGUCCAUUAACUGCUACUACUGAAGUUCCAGUUGCUCCAACUUCUCCAGCUACUCAAGUUACUGAAUCAACUUCAGUUUCUACUGGUGCUGAAACCACUGCUACUACUGUUGUCCAUGUUACCAAGACUGCUCCAGCUUCUGAAGGUACUACUGCUCCAGCCACCGGUGCUACUACUGCUCCAGCUUCUGAAGGUACUACUGCUCCAGCUUCUGCUCCAGCCACCGGUGCUACUACUGCUCCAGCUUCUGAAGGUACUACUGCUCCAGCUUCUGCUCCAGCCACCGGUGCUACUACUGCUCCAGUUUCUCAAGGUACUACUGCUCCAGCUUCUGCUCCAGCCACCGGUGCUACUACUGCUCCAGUUUCUCAAGGUACUACUGCUCCAGCUUCUGCUCCAGCCACCGGUGCUACUACUGCUCCAGCUUCUCAAGGUACUACUGCUCCAGCUUCUCAAGGUACCACCACUAAAGCCCCAGCUGGUUCAGCAACUACUUUGGCUACCCAAGGUACCAGUGCUGCUCCAUCAGGUACUGCUCCAGCUGUCUCUCAAUUCGAAGCUGGUGCUUCUAACUUACGUGUUGGUUUCACCGCCGUUGUCGGUUCAUUAUUCUUCUUCUUGUUAUAA